UCUCGCUUCGGGCUACUUUCUCUCUCUAGUUAUCUGUUUCUUUUCGAAGAGAGAAGUGAGGUCAAUCGUUUCGUCGCCUUUCUUUCUGGAUCUCGUCUUCAGUUAGAUCAGUUUUACAUUUGGGAUUGGGGUUUAAUUUUUUUAUUUGUUUAGGUGUUUGAUGAUCUAGGGUUGGGUUGGGUGUGCUUAAAAUCGUGAAUAGGUGACAAAAGGAAGGGGUAAAAAAAGGGAUUGAUGGUACUCGUUUUAGGGCAAAAUGCAAGGGUAUCAUGCGUAUUCGUCUGCAUGGAUGGCGAGCUGGUGAAGGGGAAGACCGCCAGAGGAAACGGCACAUGUGGACUGUCCCUCCACGUGGCUCCCCGAUUUUAGAUGCACUUGCUCAUGGUGCUGCCUCUCCUCCUUUGUCUUCUUCUCCCAAUUCAACUACUUUCUUUUCUCAGACAAUGGAAAAUAGUGAUCAGAGUGGAAAAUCGCUAAAAUAAGGGUGAUUCCAAAUGGUCCAACUUCAACUUCACAAUUAAAGCCUGGUUCUGAUAGUGUGCAGAAUAGUGCUUCCUGUCAUCCACCACAAGUUAAAGGGAAGAAAAGGGAGAGGGGAGAUCAGGGCUCUGAGGCUGUUAAGCGGGAACGUUCUUGAAGAAUGGAGGAUGGGGAUUCUGGUCACAAUAGAUCAGAUAGUCUAAAAUCUGAGAUUGCCAAAUUUACUGAUAAAGGGGGACUUGUAGACUAUGAUGGCGUAGAGAAAUUGGUGCAGCUCAUGAUGCCCGAGAAAAAAAUAGAUUUGGUUUGCCGAUCAGUGCUUGCUGGUGUGGUGGCUGCGACAGACAAAUUGGAUUGCCUUAAUUGGUUUGUGCAGCUUAAGGGUUUACCUGUUUAUGAUGAAUGGCUUCAAGAGGUCCACAAAGGAAAGAUUGGUGAUGGUAACAGCCCCAAAGACGGUGAUAGAUCAAUUGAGGAAUUUCUCUUAAUUUUACUUCGUGCACUUGAUAAACUGCCUAUAAAUCUUCAUGCACUACAAAUGUGUAACAUUGGCAAGUCUGUUAAUCAUUUGCGUACACACAAGAAUUUGGAAAUUCAGAAGAAAGCAAGGAGUUUAGUUGACACCUGGAAGAAACGUGUUGAGGCUGAAAUGGAUGCAAAACCAAAUCAGGGUGUCUCCUGGCCAGCUAGACGCAGGCUUCCAGAAGUUACUCCUGGUGGGAACAGACAAUCUGGUGGAUCCUCUGAGGUUGCUGUAAAGAGCUUGGUGAUGCAGCCUACUGCUUCUAAAACUGCUUCAGUCAAGCUUGUACCGGGGGAGACCACUGCAAAGUCAGCAUUUGCAUCACCGGUUUCUGUGAAAUCAGUACCAUCACCUACAUCAGUGGGCACAAACCUAAAAGAUGGACAAUCUCGUAAUUAUGCUGUUGGUGGUGCAAUUGAACUUCCUUCAAAUCCGGCAAAGGAUGAGACUAGCGCUGAACCAUCCCUGGUUAACCAGCACCUUAGAGGCAGUGUGCCAUCCCAGCCAUCUGUUUCAAGCCUUCGGGUGGAUAAUUCAGAGACAGGGAACAUUUCUUCAUGGUCUUCCACUGGGAAGCACUCAGCCAUAUCAAUUCCAUCUAUUUUGCCUGAUAGAGCUGAGCAGCCUUUUCCCAUUGUUGCCACUGGUGGGCCCCAAAGGAUGUUGGGUCCCCCUACUGCUGCUACUCCAUUUAGUCCUGAUGUUUUCAGAGGCUCAGUGCUGUCAUCUUCUCCGGCAGUGACCUUUCCAUCCACCUCAUUUCAGUAUCCGGUCUUCCCUUUUGGUAACAGUUUUCCUCUCCCAUCGGCAACCUUUUCUGGUGGUUCAGCAACAUAUGUGGAUGCAUCAUCUGAUGGGAGGCUGUGCUUCGCUGGAGUCAAUUCACAAUUAUUAGGACCUGCUGGUGUGGAGGAUGGGGAUUCUGGUCACAAUAGAUUAGAUAGUCUAAAAUCUGAGAUUGCCAAAUUUACUGAUAAAGGGGGACUUGUAGACUAUGAUGGCGUAGAGAAAUUGGUGCAGCUCAUGAUGCCUGAGAAAAAAAUAGAUUUGGUUUGCCGAUCAGUGCUUGCUGGUGUGGUGGCUGCGACAGACAAAUUGGAUUGCCUUAAUUGGUUUGUGCAGCUUAAGGGUUUACCUGUUUAUGAUGAAUGGCUUCAAGAGGUCCACAAAGGAAAGAUUGGUGAUGGUAACAGCCCCAAAGACGGUGAUAGAUCAAUUGAGGAAUUUCUCUUAAUUUUACUUCGUGCACUUGAUAAACUGCCUAUAAAUCUUCAUACACUACAAAUGUGUAACAUUGGCAAGUCUGUUAAUCAUUUGCGUACACACAAGAAUUUGGAAAUUCAGAAGAAAGCAAGGAGUUUAGUUGACACCUGGAAGAAAUGUGUUGAGGCUGAAAUGGAUGCAAAACCAAAUCAGGGUGUCUCCUGGCCAGCUAGAUGCAGGCUUCCAGAAGUUACUCCUGGUGGGAACAGACAAUCUGGUGGAUCCUCUGAGGUUGCUGUAAAGAGCUUGGUGAUGCAGCCUACUGCUUCUAAAACUGCUUCAGUCAAGCUUGUACCGGGGGAGACCACUGCAAAGUCAGCAUUUGCAUCACCGGUGUCUGUGAAAUCAGUACCAUCACCUACAUCAGUGGGCACAAACCUAAAAGAUGGACAAUCUCGUAAUUAUGCUGUUGGUGGUGCAAUUGAACUUCCUUCAAAUCCGGCAAAGGAUGAGACUAGCGCUGAACCAUCCCUGGUUAACCAGCACCUUAGAGGCAGUGUGCCAUCCCAGCCAUCUGUUUCAAGCCUUCGGGUGGAUAAUUCAGAGACAGGGAACAUUUCUUCAUGGUCUUCCACUGGGAAGCACUCAGCCAUAUCAAUUCCAUCUAUUUUGCCUGAUAGAGCUGAGCAGCCUUUUCCCAUUGUUGCCACUGGUGGGCCCCAAAGGAUGUUGGGUCCCCCUACUGCUGCUACUCCAUUUAGUCCUGAUGUUUUCAGAGGCUCAGUGCUGUCAUCUUCUCCGGCAGUGACCUUUCCAUCCACCUCAUUUCAGUAUCCGGUCUUCCCUUUUGGUAACAGUUUUCCUCUCCCAUCGGCAACCUUUUCUGGUGGUUCAGCAACAUAUGUGGAUGCAUCAUCUGGUGGGAGGCUGUGCUUCCCUGGAGUCAAUUCACAAUUAUUAGGACCUGCUGGUGCAGUCUCGUCCCAUUACCCUAGGCCUUAUGUUGUUAAUCUAGCAGAUGGCAGCAAUAGCGUUGGUGCUGAGAGCAGUAGAAAAUGGGGAAGGCAGGUCCUAGAUCCGAAUGCAGGGCCUGGUGGCCCAGACAUAGAAGGUAGAGAUGAGAUGUCUUCUCUUGCACUGAGGCAAUUGUCGGUUGCCAGUUCUCAUGCACAAGCAGAAGAGCAAGCAAGGAUGUAUCAUAUUGCAGGUGGCAUUUUGAAGAGGAAGGAACCUGAGGGAGGGUGGGAUGGCUGCAAGCAGUCCUCGUGGCAGUAGCAAUUUGUAGUGUUACAACCCAAUGACCCAUGAAAGCUUCUCCCCAGCUUUUUGAGGAUGGGCAUUGGCUAAUCCUGAGAGGUCAUCAUCUAACUUGUCUGCACUUGGAGGCUGGGUGUUAAGUGAGUUCUUUGAUGUUGUUAUUAGUCGUCUCCAAUCCCCAGCCUUCCGCUGUAUCAAUUGUAUCGUAAAAGAAUCUGUUCUGGGUCUUUAAGCUGGGUUUGUUACUUGAGUUUGUCCUGGCUGGCUGCAGAUCAGUUUCCCUUUUGUAGAUAUUUAACUGUUGGAAAGCUUGCACUGUAUUACCCUGACAUUCAAGUUGGUGUCCAUACUGAUGUUUAGUAUCUUCAGCAUUAUAUACCAUUGGACCAACCGCACCUUCCUCUUUCAACCUCAUGAUAUUGGGAGGUUGGUUUGGCUAUCUGCUUUAAACGGAUUUAUUUUAUUUUACUUGUCUUUGCUUCCUUGUAUAUCUUCUCUGCUUAUUCAUUUUUCUUCUUUUGUUCUUUUAUAGACAAUAUGGCCAUUGUACCCACCCUACCUGUCGUGAAAGUACAUUUUUCUUGUAUUGAUAAUCAUAUAGCCUGGGGUUAUGAGACUCAGGCUAUAUUCACUAGUUAUUCAAUUAGGGACAUUGUAGUGGUAGACAAGGUACUAUAAUUUAAGUACAAACGGAGCAUAUGUUAGCCUUAGCUGAUUAUGUUUUCUGAUUCUUUUACUUGUAUCGAUUUGCCGGUUUCUCUUCCUUUGGAUUUUCAAUUCUUCUGUUGAAUGUUAAGUUCAAAAUUUCUUGUCA